ACACAAAUAUCAUAGUGGCUGCCGAAAGGAAAGACCCAAGCUUGGCUUUUCCUGGGCCAGUAUCACCAAACACGUCAACGCAGCAUUUACAAGUUCCACCAAUGCAUUUCAACCUCGGGCUGGUCCAUUACGACAUCAUCAAUCCCCCACUUUCUUGGAUUCACUGGGUUCUUUCCCCCAUAAAAGUCUGGAAGGUCUUGUUCAGAAAUGUGCUUCAACAGCUUCUUUCGGUCCUUCUUGUUGGUUUUGGGAUUAAUGAUAUCAAACUUGGACCUGACACGCAUGGGGAAGAUUGGACCAACGAUUUUCCAGAUGGCACCAACGAGAGUGGGUGCAUUGCAGACAAAGAUGGAAUCCAAGAGCUGGGGGUAGCAAUCUUCCAUUAGAGCCAUGGCUCGUCCAUCCCUGCGAGUGCAUUCCAUGUUGAAUCCACUCAAGGAAAGUCCUCUGCAGUCUGCAAAUCGGACCGAUUUGGUUAGCCUUCCUGUGGUCCUGGUCACAUAGUCAAGGCAUUGGAAAGAGUACUCAGCAGGGUACAAGUAUACUGCCAGCCAUUGCUCUUCUGCAAAGUUUUCUACCGCAGCAUUUGAAUCCAUACCACCAACAUCAAUGAAGUUCAUCACACCUCUUUUGGAAUCUGGAACGCAAAAUUGAACACCAUUUUUGUUCCAAACGUUCCAGUAGUUAAUCAACCUGCAAUCCUCAAGGUGUUGUGGGGGCUGGUCUCGAAUAUCCAAGUCGUCUAGGUUGUGCUUCUUUCGAAACUCCAGAGUGUACUUGGCUGCUUCAAUAGCAGACUUGCUCUUCUUGUGGGACAACCAAAAACGCAGGAUCCACAAGUCAUCAUGCUUGUUGGGUUCAUAGAGAGGAAAAUCUUCCAAUGCAGCCUUGAUUUUGGCAAUCUUCUCAGAGUGCUUGAGGAUCAGUUCCUUCACUGAUGGUCGAUCAUCUUCAGGGCAAACAGGAUUGAUGGGAUCAGCAAUAGCCUCCUCAACUCCGUGCAUCCAUGGCCAAGAACUCAUGUUUUCUUUCUGUUUGACUUUCGGUUGGUUUGAAGCUUCGAAGUUGUUUUGAAUUGUGUGCCCAAGAAGAGAUGGAUUGCAAUUUGGAGUUGGUAGUGCAAAAGAAGCAAGGAUCAUUCAGCCUUGAACGAGACUUGCUUGUAUCGCUCCUCGCUUAUGCGGGGCUGGAUAAUCGAUGCGCAUCCAUGUUUGUCCAGGCCCGGAGCAACCGAAAUAUGUUGAUCGUUGCUGGGGGCCAGUCGGAGGAGUGGCCAUGGAUGAGGGGUUUGACAAGCCACUGUUUUAGCGAUUGAAAGCAAAUUCGGCAGUUUGUGAGUAAGCUUUGUUUGAAUUUUGGUCCCUGAAGCAGCGCGGUUACCGUCUCCAUAUAUCUCAGCUGCUGGCUCCCACCGGCACCUCAAUAGGCGCAUCGUAGCUAACGACAUUCACCGUGUUAUCCGCGACGCAGUUGCUUUGUUUCCCGUGUCCUCGACCACUCCCACCCAAAAUCUGGUCUUCAGGGGCAGGAACGAUGCGUUUCGGCAAGCUCCGUUCCGGGCCCGGAUGAAAAUUUAUUCGAUUCGAUUCAUUCAAGUCAAAUCGGAAGGAUACAACUCUUCGAUGCAUAAUCGAACUGGGUCCGUAUCUUCGGACCUAAAUCUAAAGCCUUAACUUUAGAUAGAGCAACAGUGUUAGAGCUUUAGCCUCAUUUUUCUCAGAGGAUCACCUCCAACAGCGGAACCUUGCUUGAUGAAGAGGUUGUCUGGUUUAGUGGGGAAGCUGUUGGCUUGGUGUUCUUAUUAUUAUCCGUACCAGAAGCAUGGAUGCGAGCUUGCUAAAGCAAGAUAAGGGGGAGACUAGCUAGAGUAGACAUUCAUCAUGAGCAAUCCUAGAAAAGGCAACAAGACGAUCUAUGAUGGAGUAAUCUUUCGCAAACGCGAGGGUAGCAUCACCUUGUCGGGUGCUGGGUUGGCGUACCGAUCUACAGAUGAUGCCGAAUGCGAAGGCCAAGCACUCAAGUAUCGUGCUCGAUGGGGUGUGAUUGCCAAAUGGACUCUGAACAAACGAUCGUCUCCCAAAGCCUUGAUGAAAGUGAUUGUCUUGUUGGAGGGGAAUGAAUUGGAGCAUGUGACGUUUCGCCUGGCCAGUCGCGAGAUUUUGGAAGAAUUGAGAGACGACAUGGAUGCCCGAAAGCAACGGUUUGACGAAAAGCAAGCAGCCGCAGCAGAAGCAUCGAAUAAUAAUCAGGCUGGUGAUGAUCCGCCAGUCAGGGAGGAACCAUCCGAGUCGAUGGACGAUUCGGCCUUUCAUUCUUCUUCGGCACGUCGAUGGAGUGGUGUGCGGCAAUCCCAGGCACAAAAUUAUCAAGAUUCGAUGGUCUUUGAAGAAUCCAUUCGCUUGGAUGGCAGUGAUCGCUUGUACCAUGACGAUCCUCCUUCCGUAACUCCGGUGACAGCGCCUGCGCCUUUUGCCAUUCCGGACGACCCAUACUCCAAUUAUGGUACCAGCAGGGAAGAAGAGUAUGAGCUUGUGGCAGAACGCAAGGAAGAAGAGCAUGAACAUACUAUGGAAGAAGAAGAAGAAGUCAACCCAAAGCUUCCUCCAUCAUCAUCAAAGUCCAGUAGUAUGGAAGAAGACAUGACCGAUACCAACGAGCGUCAAGAUGAAUUGACAGAAUUGCCCUCAUCAUUACAUACUCAAGAUUUCAGCAAGAAUAUGAGAAAUUCCAGCCACCACCGCGAGCGAAAUUCUUUGGAAAAUUCUUGGAACGUUACCACGUCGGAUAUGAUGGAAUCCGACGAUGAAAUGAGUAUUCCCCACAGCAAAGCACAAGAAGACGAAGCGCCAGAUACUACUACUAAUCGAUACAAAACAGCAGCCGUCGUGGCAGGAGCAACCGGCGCCGCGGUGGGGAUUUCUGCCGCGUCCCAGCCACAGCACAACAGCAACAUGAUCGUACCCGUACCCGUCGAACAGGACAUUAUGCACGUAGAUUACGACCAAGAAACAGCCGAAGCACCCAGACGACAGCAACAAGCACUCAUCGUGGCACCCCCGACAACAACCAAUCAGCAGAUAGCCAUGAACAGUCAAACGGCAAAUCCCAUGACGGCAUCGCAAAUGUCUGGCCCCUUGAUCCCCGUGAUUGCCUCCCGCACCAAUCUCAAUGGGAGUGUCUAUGGCACCAGCAAGUACUUUACACCCACGCAAGGUGCCCGGUUGGUAGCCGAAGCAGAAUUUUACAACUUUGCGCCCUGUCACUGCGUCUGUUACGAAUUCUGCGUCAAUGAGAAAAUGCGCAAACGAACGUACGUGCGCAUUUACGAAAAUCGAACCGAAAGCAAUCUGCCCUGGGCACCCUUCUUUUGCUGCAGCGAUGAGCGGUGCAUGGAAGACAACGUGCAGGUCCUCUUUUUUGAUCGCAUGCCCCAUCGAUCUGGCAUGUGCUGCAAGUGCAUCCCCUGUGUCUGCUGUGGACCACCGGUGGUUUAUGCGUUGCGGCCCGCCUGCUGUUGCGGCCUGAUCAAAACUAGCUCCUGUUUUGGAGAGCAAAUCAUGUAUGCUGCCUACGAUUGUUUUGAUUUGAGGAUUUUUCUUUGCUGUGGGUCUCCCUGUUACACUUGCUGGAGUCUUCCAGUGUUCCCCGCUCUGGGUGUUUGUCAAGCCAUACCCAUGACCAACAGUAAUGAACUACUGUCCAAGUGGAAGGGAGCCUUGAUGCGGUAUCGUGCGAUCCGCAAGAUUGGGGACGGCCAAGGGGCCGUAUUCAAGGGAAUCAAUGACAACUUUUGUGAGUGUGACAGCGUCAAGGAGAUAUCUCCCGUACACAUGGAUCCCCGUGGCAGCAUACAAGGGAUGUACUUGGAUCCGUGGGAUGGCAUGCAGCUACCUCCGCAGGCGGCUCGCAUGGAGGAUCGUCCAUCCUCGGCCGUUGGGGGGAGCAGCAAGCAGUUGGCGCCGACUGCUCCCAUGGGCAGCUCUACCAUGGGGGAACCCCAGGCAGAGGAUAUGAUACGUGCAUAGUUUUGGGUUCCCCCCCUUGGGGGUAUUGAAGGAUUGUUUGACACCAUGCGGUGCUUGAGGUUAUCGGGGCGUCCAGCAGACUUCUCUACUGCCAGCCACUGGGACUGGCUACACAGAAUACAUAAAUAGAAACAAUCUGUAAGUCACAAACUUGAAGACUAAAAGGAUCCUUCAAGCUGGAAAAGAAUCUGAGCUAUGACUAUGCCAAGAGAACUCGGGAGCUUAUUUUGGUGGCUCUGUCAGCUUGACUAUCUAUCUAUCUCUUCGACGGAUGCCAGAUGCCAGGCUGAGAUGAUCUCACCCAGAGAGAGAACCGAUCUCUAUAACUCGACUCCAUGACCCAGCAAGCAUGUUGUCUUGGGGAGCCGCUUCGGGUUAGGUUAAUCCACGACUAUCUUUAGCUAGCCUUCCAGUUUGCUAACUUGCUUCUGUGUACUCGA